CAGUGACAGGAGUUGGGACUGUGCCCAUCUUUCCAGUUCACUGCGUCCAUUUCCGCCCUCUCAGCCAGUCGAACUAUGAUAACCAAAUCCCCAGACAGAAUCAAGGAGGAUUUUUUGUCGUUCAUUAAAGAAGAACCUGUGAUCGCAGCAAACCUCGGCUAGAGAAGACGCGUCCCACCUGGAUCAGCACUUGGACGAACAUGAGCUUCUCCAAAAAAUCUUCAUAAAGAGACCAAGGCAUCAAAUGGCUCAAAUGGAAGCAAGCUGACCCUCAGUACACUUAAUAUAAAUGACUGACGUCAGAAACACACAAAGCAUCAUAUUCACUGGUGUUAUCAUGUGUAAAUAACACUUGGGCUUAUUUCUGAUUAAAGGCACACAUGAAUUUAAACACCACAUACGGUUUUAGUAUCAUUCCCUGUCUAUUCGCACAAAUGCUGUUCAGUCAGAUGUGUCAAGUGGUUCAAUUAUAGAAAGAAAGGAACAAAUGAAUCUCAAACUGGAGAGUAAGAAUAGGAUCUGUCCCUGUUCAUGGAGAGGGAAAUGCGGAUGAGAAGACAUUGCACAAAUCUCAUGAAUAUCAUGAUGUGUUCUGGACUUAUUCUCUGGCAGAUCCAUCAGGAUUCAAGCAAGAGUGUGAAGACUUCUCUUUUGUGGGACGAAGAGUCACAAUCAAGACAGCGAGCGUGAGAUGAUUUAUGAUAUGGUUAAUAGGAUUCAUCCGUACCUCUUAUUCCUGGACACUUUACAAAACUUGAAAUAAAAUUGAUUGAUAGAGAUUCAUGAAAUCUGUGUGUAAUUUACAUUCUGUGUACAAAAGUUGAAAUAAACUCACUGUUGCACACUUGUUGCAUACUAUAACACCUCAUAAAUGUCCUUGUCUGCAUGUCAUUUCUUGUCAUUUCUAAUCUGUUAUUAACUACUAAUAAUUUUGCAUUAGAUGCCGUGGACCUCAGUGGGAUUGCAAACUUUGUAAAGCGUAAUCGUGACUUGAAGAUCCCACUCCUGAAACCAAGAGGUUCUGCUCUGAGAAUUUGUGGACAGGAAGGAACCGUGUACGAAGGGGAUGAAGAACAGCUUGAAGCCUGGAAAGAUUAUUACCUGCCAGAACGGACGGAAAUGGAGGUGAUUGGUGCCAUUGAUGACUUCCCAUGUGACGCGUUUGGUCUGCAGUUGGUGCUUCUGUUGGGUGAAGAUGGAAGGGUGUUUGCCUACGAGGAUGAGCUUUUGCACCUCGUAGCCGUGAAUUUGAGGGACCUGCUCCAAUGCCAGAUGGUUUUCCCUGGAAUGGAAACCUUCAAGCUUGGAGAAUGUUUUGAAGAGCCGACUGCAGAAGAAUACCAUGAAAUGAUGGAAAGUUACGAGGUCAAAGAAAUGAAAAAAUUACACAAGGAGUUCAGACAAUCUCUGGAGCAUGAGUUUCUGAACACACAGAGCUGUAAUGUUCAUAAGCAAAAUCAAGUGUGUUCAGACGAUUUCACUUCAAGCCCAAAACAAAGAAUUCAAGAACAUUCUUUAAAAUGCAAUUGCAAGCUGGAGAAUGGAGACAAGUUCCAGUGUCCUUACAGGACUUUACGCCAGUCAAGUUAUGGGCUUAUUUUGUCAAGUUAAAUGAAUCCUGUUCAGAUGAAGCCUCAUUUUCUGCCCUAUAGCUUUCAAAUCACAUUUACACUCCUGCCUUAUUUAUCUUUUAAAAGGAUAGUUCACAAAAAAAAAUGAAAAUUCUGUCAUCAUUUACCUCACACUCAAGUUGUUUCAAACUUGUGUUAAUUUCUGCUAAACACAGAGGAAGAUAUUUGGAAGAAAGUUUG